AUGAGCUGUGAGAAACAUAGCAUCAAUCUCUCAGAAACUACACAAGCUGUAGCUGAUCCACCGCGCAAACGCAAGGAGCGUAAAUCAAGGGAAACUGAUUUUACGGGGCAUCUCCCGAUUAUGAAAGUUAAACAACGCAAUCGACAAGCUACGAUCAAGCCUAGAAAGGGUUGUAAAAAAUGCCAACAAAGGAAAAAGGAGCUUGGAACCGUGGAAAGUAAGCUAGAAAAAGUUUACAAGUUAGCGGAUGAGCUGAAGAUGGACGUUCACGAAGAAGUCAAAGAAGAAGGGAGCAGUAACGAUAAGGGAAUGUUUGCUAACUGGACAACAGAAAGUCUAACCAGUUUUAUAGGCCAAGUAAGUUUAAUACUUGCGACGCAAGGAGCAAGAUAUCCUCCCAAGCAACCGACUCAAGAGGGAAAAUUGACAGAUAUCGAAGUAGCGCGGUUGCUUCUUCGCCUUAAGCACAAUAAUAUGUAA